CUCCCAGCUGAUUAUUCCAUUCGACAUCCUCCAAUCUGUCACCUCGCAUUUCCGACCUGCCAUCGUCAGAAAACAUUGCCGCCGCCGCUUCUCGCCACUGACUUAAGAGAUGCUCGAUCCCCCGAGCCCGACGGUCCCGCACCCAUCCCUCAGCAGGCCAGACACCGCUGAGCAUCCCCCCAGGCUCUACCACUCGCUGCGCCAGGCGCAAAAGUCCGUGCUCAGCCUCGCGGCCGACCCGAGUCAUAUAUACAGUGGAAGCCAAGGCGCCGACAUUUUGGUAUGGGACAAAACCACACUGAAGCUGAAGACCACGCUCAGGGGGCACACCGGCAGCAUUCUUGCUCUCGAAUACGCACCGGACCAGGAAUGGCUCUUCAGCGCCUCGGGCGACAGUACAAUCCGCGUCUGGAGCACGCGCUCGCUAACUCUCCUCUACGUCUUGAAUCCGCACGGCGAGGACGACGCCGGUGACCUCUUCUCCCUCGUCUGGUGUCCCCCCCUGCAGACGCUCUAUUUCGGGUGCCAGGACACGUCCCUCCAGUGGUACACCGGCCGAUCCACGCCGACUUCGCGUCGCGUGCACAAGUUCUUCGACAGCUACCCGCAGUACACCCGCCGCCCUGCCGACCUCAACGCGCGCAACCCCGCGGCCGGCUCGCCGGCGCACGGUACGCAGUGUCUGCGGCAGGAGCCCCCUCAGCGGCCGCUCGCAGUGCUGCAGGUGGCCCCGUCGAACGUGAUCUACUCGGCGCAUUACGGGUACGUGUAUUGCAUGGCGCUGGUGCCGAGCACGCGGGAGGGAUCCGACGACCUGCCGCAUCGGGUAAGCGAGAAGCACGACCUGCAGCUGGUGACGGGCAGCGGAGACGAGGCCGUCAAGCUGUGGAAGCUCGACCCUGCCAAUCCCGUCCCAAUUCUGCUGCAUACGUUUGAGUGUGCGACUGGGGCCGUGCUGUCCCUCGUGGCUCGCGCCGAGACGGUGUACGCGGGCUGCCAGGAUGGCCAUGUUAAGGUGUGGGACCUGGAAACUCGCACCCUGGUGCGCAGCCUCAUCGUCGUCGAGAAUGUGGAUAUUCUGUCACUUUCCAUGCUGCAUUCUGAUCUGUAUGCAUGUUCCGCGAACGGCGAAGUGCAGCGCUGGUCUGCGACUUUCAAUCUCACUGCUUCCUGGAAGGCACAUGGUGGCAUCGUCCUGUCCUCCAUAGUUACUCGCUUCCCCUCCGAUUCAUUAUCCGGCCUUGAGCUCGAUGACACAUCCGAGUCUCGCGUCAGUAGCAAUGCCCGGAAAUUCGCAUUUAUCACGGGCGCGAGCGACGACCACAUCAAGGUUUGGGAAAUCGAGCCUCCUGCACCGCCGAAGAUCAGCCCGCUCCCGAUCAUCUCAGACUCGGAUGCCGACGCAGGCGAUUAUGGCAACGAGACGAUGGUGUACGCACUGUCCAAGUUUGUGUCCAUACCAAGUGUCAGCAAUUCGGCUGCCCAUCGCGAAGACUGUCGCCAGGCGGCCAUCUGGUUGCGCAAGUGUCUGACGCAGUUGGGGGCCGAGGCAUCCCUGCUACCCACCGGAGAUGGCACCAACCCGUUGGUCCUCGCGACUUUCCAUGGCACCCAAACCAAGCGCAACCGGCCGCGGAUAUUGUUCUAUGGCCACUAUGACGUGAUCGCUGCCUCCGCGCGAGGAUGGUCCUCCGAUCCCUUCUCCUUGACAGGGCGGAAUGGGUACCUGUAUGGCCGCGGCGCGACGGACAACAAGGGCCCGAUUAUGGCCGUGGCCUGCGCCGCCGCCGACCUGCUCAGCCGGCGCGCGCUCGAGCUCGACCUGAUCUUCGUCAUCGAGGGCGAGGAAGAGGCAGGCAGUGGUGGGUUCAAGGAGGCGGUGCGAAAACACAAGGACGCGAUCGGGCCCAUCGACGCUAUACUUGUGAGCAACUCGACGUGGAUCGCGGAGGACACGCCCUGCAUCACGUAUGGCUUGCGCGGUGUUGUGCAUUGCAACGUCGAGGUGUCCAGUGAUGGCCCGGAUCGUCAUUCCGGUGUCGAUGGUGGCGCUGCGGUUGAGCCCAUGCUCGAUAUGGUCAAAAUUCUCGGCACACUGAUCGACGGGCAGCACCGUGUGACUAUCCCGGGAUUCUAUGACAGCGUCCGUCCUCUGACGCCAGAGGAGCAGCAAGUGUACACGGUUCUGUCUGGCGUCACGCAGACACCCACAGCGCUGCUGGCGUCUCGGUGGCGUGAGCCGUCCCUCACUAUUCACAAUGUGCAGGUAUCGGGUCCGCGAAAUUCGACCGUCAUUCCUGCUAGUGUGAAGGCGCAUGUUUCCGUCCGCAUCGUCCCAGAUCAGGACCUCGAGACGAUUGCAAGGUCGCUCCGAGAGCAUCUUACUGCUACAUUCGGCCGGAUGGAAUCUCCCAACAAACUAAAUGUCAGCAUAGACCAUACUGCAGAUUGGUGGCUAGGCAACUUGGACGACCCAUGGUUCCAUGCCCUGGAGGAUGCCGUUCGGGACGAAUGGGGCGUGCAGCCCUUGCGUAUACGGGAGGGCGGGUCCAUACCGUCUAUUCCGUACCUGGAGAAGGAGUUUUCCUGCCAUGCGCUGCAUCUGCCUCUCGGUCAAAGUACAGACCAAGCCCAUCUUCCCGACGAGCGUAUUUCGCUCGCAAACCUCCGUCGUGGGAAGCUGGUCGUGGAACGCUUCCUGCUCAACGUUGCCCGUUCGGGCCUCUCAAACUCAGCCUCUUUGUCUGCCAGCGAAGAAAGGUUGUAA